UACCAGUCUCAGUUGUUGCUGUCCGUUGACGGACGUGAAUCAGUUUGUUUAGAGUUGUGCUUCAAAUCCGAUCUGCGCUUUUGCGAUUAGUCGGCGUUCGAAUACCAGUUUGAAUCAAUGUUUAUACCACUCAAGUGUCUAAAGUGCGAUGCAGAAUCAGAACUGGUAAGCGCAGUCAUUUGAUCUAGCGGUAAAACGAUACGUACACAUGCGGCAGUGUGAUUGUUUGUCUCGUUGUGGUUUGUUUACAGUAUGGAUUAGCACAAUUUGAUGAAAUUCGUGUACUUUUGUAAAGUUGUUGACUAAGAAGCGUACGAUGUGACGUCACUGGACUAAGGACAGAUGAAAACCGGUUUUUGAAAAGAUUUCGACGAAGAUGCUGCCAGUUAUCACUUGUUGCUGAGAGCAGGUUAUAAGAGAAAAAAGUUUGCAUCGUUUCAUUUCACCAAUCCAACACCAUCAUGGAGUCGAAGUUAACAGUUUUGAUGGCGCUGAUGAAGAGUCAAAAUGAGGCAAAGUUUUUCACGGCACUGGAACAAUUCCGGUACAACCAAACGGACGCUAAUGAAUGGCAACGUGAUUUGAGGGCGUUAAUGGAUGUCGCAGUCCAAUCGGGAAAGUUGUCUCUGGUGAAGAAAAUAGCAAACGAUGAUUACGUUUUCGAUGCGGAGUCCGAUUUGUCGGCUCAUUUGGCGAGAUGUUGCAGCUACGGGUACCACGAACUGUUGGCAUUUAUUUUGUCAAAAACUGGUCACUCGGACGGUGAUAUUCAAGCUAUAAACUCCUUUACUCUAAUAUCGUUGGUUAUCAAGGAAAUUAAUACCCUCAAAGACAGCAGGAAAUGUCCAUUUUUCAAGUGUCUAUAUAUCUUACUGGAUGAUGAUCGCGUCGACAUCGACAAAACGGACGAGCAAGGGUUCAGCGCUCUUCACUAUGCAGUGAAGUAUAAAGUUGACGAAGCCGUGGAGUUGCUGCUGAAACAUUCAGCAUAUAUCGGAGUGAAGAACGUGUUCAGAGAGCUACCAAUUUGCGAGAUGAAUCCUCAAAUUCUCGAAGACUAUUUAAAUACGUGCAUUACUGCAAACGACAAACGACCGGGAGAUGAAGCUUACGAGGUGAAUAUUGACUUUUCCUGCCUGGUUCCUCCCAAAUGCAAGAGUCUCUAUUCGGCGAUUCGAAACGACAAUACGGCGAGAAGAGAUCACGACGAAAUGUUACCGAUCGUUUAUAUGUCCCAUUCGGAUGACUUGAGAUACUUGCUAAAACAUCCAGUGAUAUCCAGUUUCGUGUUAAUCAAAUGGCUUAGGCUUAGUCUGUACUUUUAUAUCAACUUGGUAAUAUGUACAGUUUCCUUCCUAGCUUUCACGAGUUACGUAGUUGGAUGUUACGGCCAGGAAAACGUAGAUCAAAUGAUCAAAGAAACACUUCGUUUUACUUCCUUACUCGGAACUACCUACAUGGCACUGAGGGAGAUUGGACAAAUGUUUCUGCAUGUAAAAAUGUACUUCUCAUCGAUAGAAAAUUGGAUGGAGAUAGUGCUGAUUGUAGCUUCCUACACGGUGUUACUUAACGAAUUUCCUAGCGAAAUUCGGCAGGUUCUGUCGGCGGGCGUGAUUAUGCUGUCUGCGAUGGAGUUCACCAUGCUGGUUGGAACGCUUCCCAUCCUGUCGAUCUCGACUCACAUGGUCAUGCUGAAAACUGUGUCGAAAAAUUUCCUGAAAAGUUUAAUUCUAUACUCCAUUAUUUUGAUUUCGUUCGCAUUUUGCUUCUACACUUUGUUCAAAGUGAACAACAGUACUGGCCCGAAAAAUGCCUACUCUCCACCGAACGAUGAUGAUAAACAAGAGGAAGAUAAGUUCAAUGCCUUCGGUGAUGUAGGAACCUCACUGCUGAAAACAGUUGUUAUGUUAACAGGUGAAUUCGAGGCGGCCGACAUCAAAUUUCGGAACAGUGUUAGCUAUUUGAUAUUCGUACUGUUCCUGUUUUUCGUUACCCUAGUAAUUUUCAACUUGAUGAACGGAUUAGCAGUCAGCGAUACUGUGGCAAUAAAAGCAGCAGCAGAACUGAUAGGACUCUCUCAAAAAGUAGAUGUCAUUUCAAGAUACGAAUGCGCACUACAGUCACCGAAAGUCAAUGGAAUGCUAACCAAACUGAUGAUGCUGACAUUCUCGCGAACCUUUCUGCAACUAUUCCCCGAGUACUUACCCCUGCAUCGGGUAACAGUGACACCGAACCGAUCGAAUGCGAUAUUUAUACCCCGGCCACUGAAACACAUUGACCCGGAAACGGCGAAAAUCGACAUGGAAAGCAACAUCGAACUGCUGGCCGAGGGGGAUACCAGCAACGAGCGGGUCAAACUGAUCGUCGGUUGCUGCAUUCUGCCUUCGUUUUCGAAGAUGGACAGCAAAAUCAUGAAGUACGCCAAGGAGAUUCUACACACGCGCAACAAACGGAAUCAUCAAGGGGUACCGGACCGGCCGCAGCAAUCGGUGGAUGCGAGAUUGGCGAAGCUGGAGAGCAACAUGGAACUGAUACUGCAGUGUUUGAACAAUAAUGGGUGGACGAAGUAGCUUGUAGUUUGAGAUGGUAGUUUGUGGAUUCAGAGAUUGAUUGUAAACUCUCUUCUUACACUUAUGCAUGCUAAGUUUUAAAUUUGUAAAAAGUGAUAUGCUAGAUAGGUCUAUAACUAAUUUUAGGCUCCAUUCCAGGGAAUUAUACAGCUCAUUCCGUUCACGUUCAAGUCCACCCAAAUUCCUCAAAGUCUAUGCAUAUCUAUGUAAAUAAUACUAAAUAAAAAUAUAUUGAGACGACAA